AUGGGCAUUUUGGGAAAAAUCGGAAAAUUUUCAUCAAAUAGCAUAAAAGCUGUUGAUAAAUAUUACAAAACUCCCAGACUCUACUUCAAGGGGAAACAAGAAUUUAAGACGCAUUUGGGAGGAAUCUUAACCAUCUUAGUCUUGGUAGUUACACUUCUCUACUUUGCAUCCUUGCUCUCUGUGCUGUUUAAUAAAUAAAGACUCGAGGGUAAUGAGUAACACGAAAGUGAAUGACUUUACCAAUGACCCUAAGGAAUUUAAUUUCAAAAGCAAGUCUCGAUUCGCCUUUAUUUUAUUAGACAAAGACACUAAGAAGCCUAUUCCUCAGAGUGACGACCUGUUCAAAUUUGAAGUCUACCAAGGCACUAACUUGUUAAAUCCUUCAGAGGAUUCUGGUACGAAAUAUGAACAGUUAGAGGUAGAGAGAUGUUCCGACCAGCUGAAUAACAUUGACCCUAACCAUCGUCUCAAUGGAACCAAAUAUGAAGAUCACCUAUGGUGUCCUAAGCAAGACCAAAAUAUGGUGAUUAGUGGCACAGAGAUCUCGAAUGAGUAUAAGUUUAUUAACAUUCGUAUCCGUGCUGCAAACCUAAGCUGGGAGUGGUGGUCUACAAGCCGAUUAAAGAAUGCUAUCUUCACCUUGACAACAGUAAACAGCUACCUUGACUUGAACGAAUUUGAAGCGCCUAUAAAAUCAAGCAUCGACUCUAACAAUAGGCUUUACUUGAUGAAAGAGACUUGUCAUCAUCGAUAUAUUUCGUUUAAGAAUCAUUCUGCAACACUUUACGACAACCUGUUUCUCUCCUGGAUGAGCAAGACAGAAAAGUUUCACACGUUUAAUCUGGAGGAAGACUCCUCAUAUGACUGAGCAGGCACACGGGCAUCCUACUCAGCUGAAUUUUUCAUCGUCAUGAAUAAACAGGAAGAGGAAAUUGUUAGGACUGUGUUUAACAUCUUUGAUCUCCUUGCCAAAGUGGGUGGGCUCUAUGAAAUCCUCAAUCUUGUAGGGAUACUUUUUACUUGCAAGCUCAAGGAAAGAUUAUUCUUGCUUUCCCUCGUCUCAGCACUUUACCAUACCAAGAUUUCAGUGGAUAACCGCUCCCAAAAUCCUGAACAAAGGCCAAGGAGAGAUCUUGAAAGUUCCAAAUAUUAUCAAAAUUACGAAGGAGGUGAGAGCCAAGCUGACGAUGACAAUGAAGGAGAUAUCGAAUAUGAGGAUGAAGAGGAAGAGGAAAAGCAUCCUUACUAUCGCUCCAAGACUGAUAAUACCUCCAAUAUUUCAGAAUCGCCUAUUGGACCAUCUUUGUUUAAGAAAUACACCAUGCGGGAGCAACCUAGUCCGUUCCUCACAAAAUCAACAUCUGAGAAAUUUGAUGAUAUUUUUAAAUCCCGAAGUGGCACAAAAUACUCUGAAGAAAGGAAGAGUCCACCCACUUCUUCGAAAACUGAGGAGGGCUCCUUAGACUACCUUGGAAAUUGGGUGGAGAAAGACCUCCUCAAUGAGAUAAAAGCUAAGAGGAAAAUAAGAUACAACUGCAUUGAUGCCCUCUGCUGCAGGAAAAUUGUCCAAAGUUGCAAGGAUCAGGAGAAAACUCCUGAUAUCUCCAAGAUCCUUGCUAUCUCAGAGAAGAAGGUUAAGAAUGACCUUGACAUUGUAGUGAUCGGCCAAGCCGUUCAUGAGCUCAAGGCCAUGAUGUCGUUGAUUCUAACACAACAAGAGAGGGAUCUUAUUAAAUUUACUCAAGAAAGUUUGGUCACUCCAGACACUUCACAUAAGCAGUUUUAGGAUUAGAAUUCCAAAGCUAAAUUCCUCAAAGAAGAAGAUCAAACAUUUCAACCAGGAUUUAGCAAAGAUUACCUCUGGUUUAGAUUAUGGCAACGAGAGAUCAAGGAGACUUGUAGCUCAGCUUACACGUAAGGAAGGCCAGCAUCGGAAGUUUGAGUACUCCAAGUAAACAAGAGGCGAGCAUGGCUCUUCCUUACAUUUUUGU